CUUAAAAACAGCACCAAUUCUCCUACUUACACCUGGACACAGUUUUUCUUGGCAGAUGGGAUGUUCCAAGCGUCUUUGGGAAUUCAUCACAGUUAUUUUAUUUAUUUAGGCUGUCUCAAUUACUUCUGUUUCUUCAUGUAAUCUCAGACAGACUCAGUGUUCAGUGGGGGGGCUCUGUGAGGGCCAUGCCAUCUGUUGCAGGGCUCCCUGUUCUUCUAUUCUAUUCUUAUUUGCAAAAGUAAUGUUUGGGAGUCUAACAUUUAUAUUUCAUAUUGACACACUAAAGCUGAAGAUAUAAAUAACCAUCUUAAGACAAAUGUUUUUGUGAAACACAUUAUGUGCCUAAGACUUUUGCACAGUAAUGGGUGUGUAUAAAGUAAAAGUAAAGUAAAAAAAAAAGUAAGUAAAGUGUGUGCCCUAUGGAAUUAGCUGAUUUUCUGCAUUAAUUGGUCAUAAAAUGUGAUCUCAUUUUCAUCAGUCACAAGUAUAGACAAAAUAAUGUGCUCCAGCAAACUACACACACAAUAUUACAAUAUUUCAUGUCUAUAUUGAAAACAUUCCAUUAAUCAUUCUCUGUGCUUUGGAAAAGUAAGUGAACUCUUGGAUUUAACAACUGGGCGAUCCUUUUUAAUUCAUGAAUUACCAUUAAUGUCAUGUCAUUAAUUAUUAAUAAUAAUAAGGCAGAGGCUAGUUGCACUAAGUAUAAAUAGUUUUACAGAUACUAUUUGCACCCCUAAUUAAAUACUAACACGGCAUGCAGUGUGUUUAUUGAGGGUCCCACAGACACCCUACACCAACCUAUCACUGCGAGGAAGUCAACCAUUAUAUUCAUUUUAUUUAUUAUUAUGAGUAGUAUUAUUGAAAAUUUCCAAGAGUGGAGACAGGAAACGGGAUGGGGAAAACUGGGUCAAAACGAGGAUUAGAACCCAGGUCGUCCAUAUAGAAAAAGCACAUUAAUGCCAUCUUAUCACACCAAGCCAAUGUAGAGGCAUAUUAAGGGCAGUUUGUCUUUGUUUACUUUAUUUAUUUGUUUUGUUUCAGUGCAAAUAGCCACACUAUGUGGCAGGUAUUCACUCCUAGUGCAAAUAAUCACUCUAUGAUAAUGAUGUUCAUAAUAAUAAUGCUAUAUUAGUGAUAUUAUUGAAGUGUCUAAUGCUUUCCAUCACGAAUACGCUGAGAUGCGAGCAAACAAAGCACAGGCGAAAGCAUCUUAACAGAAUGCGCAUGCGCGAGAAGUUGACGAGAGGGAUCCCAUUUAGACACGACCUCGCAGAAGUCCACUUCACAGCUACUCCUCAAGAUGGCACUGUUUUCUGUUUUUGUUGAUGAACUUUGCUCUACAUUAACAGGUCUAGAUGUCUCAAGCGCUGUUAUUUUCGCAAUCAUUUUGCGUCAAGUCUGCAGAAGUGUCUUAUCCGGACUUUUAAACUCUCGAAGUUAAAGUAACCAUCAUGGUGCGGGUUAAAGGAGUAUGACGGUGUGGAGCUUUCUUUAGUUUUUGCCUUCCAGUGCUGCUGUCUUUCAAUGAAACUGGUGUGAAGUGUAUAUAGCGUGAAAGCAGUCUGGAACAAUAAUGGAGGGGUUUUGGACUGUAGCACUCCCUGUACUGAAGGUUUGGUUCAAUAGUUUGGUGGUCUUGAUUAUGCUGCCUGCCAUGUUUGGCAUCUCUCUUGGCAUCACAGAGGCCUACAUGAAGAUUCUGAUCAAAACGCUGGAGUGGGCAACACACAGAAUCCAGAGGGCGAGUAGAGCAGAGGAAAUACUUAAACAUUCAUCAUCUAAUAGUUUAAUUCAGCGGAAUGAUUCCUCUUUGGAGCAGGAGAUUGAGGAUCUGCGGCGAAACAGGCCAAAGUCAGCCGAGCGUGGAGACUUUACUCUGAGCGAUGUACUCUACUUUACCAGGAAAGGGAUUGAGAGCAUAGUGGAAGAUGAUGUCACACAGAGGUUCACUUCAGAGGAACUGGUGUCCUGGAACCUUCUAACCAGAACCAACAACAACUUCCAAUACAUCUCUCUCAGGCUCACCAUACUGUGGGGGGUUGGUGUUGUCGUGAGAUACUGCAUACUGCUUCCACUAAGGGUUACACUGGCAACUAUAGGACUAAGCUGGUUGGUGAUUGGCACAACGCUGGUGGGUUUCCUUCCUAACUGCAGAGUAAAGGGUUGGUUAAGUGACCUGGUCCACUUGAUGUGCUACCGAAUCCUUGCAAGAUCCCUUUCAGCCACAAUUCACUACCACAACAAACUGAACAAACCUAAGAAAGGUGGAAUUUGUGUGGCUAAUCACACUUCGCCAAUUGACGUUGUUAUUCUGGCUAAUCACGGCUGUUAUGCCAUGGUCGGGCAGGUUCAUGGUGGUUUAAUGGGAGUCCUCCAGCGAGCAAUGGAGCGGUCUUGCCCUCACAUCUGGUUUGAGAGAGCAGAAAUGAGAGACCGCCACCUAGUGACUCAGAGGCUAAGAGAUCAUGCAAAUGAUAAAACAAAGCUUCCAAUACUCAUAUUCCCUGAAGGAACAUGCAUCAACAAUACAUCAGUAAUGAUGUUUAAGAAGGGAAGUUUUGAAAUUGGAGGAACUAUUUACCCUGUGGCUAUAAAGUAUGAUCCCCAGUUUGGAGAUGCAUUUUGGAACAGUAGUAAAUAUAGCAUGGUGAGCUAUUUGCUGAGAAUGAUGACGAGCUGGGCCAUAGUAUGUAACGUCUGGUAUCUGCCUCCCAUGAUACAUAAGGAAGGAGAAGAGGCUGUGCAGUUUGCCAACCGAGUGAAAUCAGCUAUUGCACUACAAGGGGGAUUAGUGGACCUGGCCUGGGAUGGGGCUCUGAAACGGGCAAGAGUGAAGGAUUCAUUUAAAGAGCAACAGCAGAAGAUUUACAGCCACAUGGUGGUGGGAGAUGACAGUAGUGACUAAGACUGGACACAAACAACAAUGUUUAAAGGCCAUGAUAUUCUCGUCCACCAAUCAGAGGCUCUGAAAUCCCACGCCCAGGCCUCUAAGAUACCAAUCGAUACAAAUCAUCCCUGAAAAUCUUGUUGACAAGAUUACAGCAGGCUCUAUUUAUUCCAUGCUGCUAAAAGAGUUUUGUUUAAAGAUAUUUAUAAAUGGGAAAAUAUCAAAUUAAUUUGGUAUUUAUUUCUGAAAUACAGGCUUGCAAAUGUGAUAGAUCCCACAUUGAUAUGGGCAGCUUUGCUUUUCAGAAUUAUUUUUGUAUUUUUUUGCCAGAGAGUUAAUUGUGUGAAUUGAUCGCAUUUCUUUUUGUGGGUUCAUUUUUUUUUAAUUCAAAAGAUGUUAAAAUGUAAAGAGGACAUAAUUGUAAGUGCAUAAUUGGGGUUAAUUUAUUUCUCUGAUCAAAUUAUCUUUUUUGUUUUUUAAAGUGUUGUUUUUGCCAAAUAUGUCUAUAAUAUCAGGUUUAUUUUAAUGUGAUGUUUACUUUACGACAAAAAAUGUAUUCUUAUUUUAAAAUCAGGUUCCCCACGGUCUUGAAAUACCUGGAAAUAGCAGGGAUUUGUUUUUAUUUUGUCAUGGAAAUGAAUAAACUCUAAUUACGUUAUGGAAAAGUCAUGGAAAUUUCAAUAGUCCGUGUUAUUUUUUUUCUAUACAGGACAGUAUACAGUUAUAAUAUAUUGGCUAGUAAUCGUUUUCGGUGAGUGCAGUCUCUAUAAAAUUGUUUAAAAAAAAAAAUUCUUACCCAAUUAGCAUGAAAAGUCAUUACAAUGCAUUGGUCAAAAGAUGUGGGAACCUUGUAAAAUAUCAAAGUAUGUUCAUUUGCUUGCCAUUUGUUUUCACUUGUCCAAACAGUAAAUCUAAUUAUUGUCAAGAAACAACUGAUAGAACAAUACACAACUUUUCAUUUGUCACAGAGCAAUACAAGAUGUAACAUAUUUUGCUAUUUAACCUCAGUUGUUCAGAGGGGAACAUAUGGGGCAAAUGGGGAACAUAAACACACAGAAUGCGUCUUUAUAUGUUUAUUUCACACCCUCAUUGUCUUUGUGUGUUUGUUUUAGAGAUAUUGGUGUCUUGUUGUGUUUUAUGGCAUGCUGGAUUGUUUGUUGAUGUUUCACUUAUGUACCUUGUCUGUGUGCACACUUAAGAGUGUACUAGCCCUGUGUGGGUAAAAUUGUGUUGUUGUGUUUAUUUAAACAAUUCAGUCCACAGUUCUGCUCCACAGGUGCAGUUUACAAAAUUAAGUAUACUGUGACAACUUAAGAAAUUUUUUCUUUAAAAAAAUAAAUAAAAAAUUCCACAUCAAUCUACACUCC